AUGACCGACACAAGCCCCCCUACAGUUCUAUCCAUCUUUGAGAACUUCCGCGACGAGCUGGACGAGCACCAUGAUCGCCGCGAACGAAUCAUCAAGAAAAGCCGCGACAUCACCGCGCUAAGCAAGAAGAUCAUCUUCGCUCUCCAACGAGUACGCGCAACCAACCAACCCCUCCCGCCCAAAAUCGCCCAAGAGAACCAAGUCCGCUUCGACCAAAUCAAUGCUCUCUUCGAAGCCGUCGUCCCAGAACAACUCGGCAUAAACAGCUGGCGCUACCAGCGCCAACUAAGCCCAGGAAUCCAAGAAUUCAUCGAAGCCGUCUCUUUCGACCACUACCUCCGCACCCAGACACUAAUCUCCCACGCCGAAGUCGCCGCCCGCGUGCCCGCCCAAAUCCUCGUCACAGAAGAAGACUACCUGCUGGGUCUAUUCGAUCUAACAGGCGAGAUGAUGCGAUUUGCCGUCCUAUCCCUAAGUUCAGGUAACGCCGCCGCAACGAAGACAGACGAAGCCGCGGUAGAAUCCGAAUCUAAGGCACCGACACUUGCCCCGUCGCAGGGUGAUAUUGUCGUUGAUCUACGGGCUAUGCGGGCACGCUUUGAAGGGCUCAGUGUUCCUCGUCGCCACAAUAUGCUCCGUGAUCUGGCGAAGAAGCUAGAGGUUAUGCAGGCUAGUGUUGAGAAGGUCGAGAGGGCGGCCUAUGGAAUUCUUGUUCGGGGAAGUGAGAGACCUAGUGGGUGGACUCCUGAUCUUUCUGCUGCUGCUGAGGUGGAGAGUCACUAG